CAAUCGCAGAUCAACAAAUAUCCACGCUUCUCUAUCGCGACCUGCAGUACACGUUUUUCAACUUCUUGGAGGACAUGCUGAGUGAGUGCGAUUUGAAUCCAAAGCUGGGAACUGUGCCCGUGCACUGGGCGCAGCCCAUCUACGGCGAUCGGAAUCCGAAUUUCACGGACUUUGCGGCCCCGGGCGUCAUACUGACCAUCAUAUUCUUUCUGUCGGUGGCCAUCACAUCGGGCGCGAUGUUAAUUGAACGCAACGAGGGCAUGCUGGAGCGUUGCCUGGUGGCUGGCAUAACGGGACCAGAGAUUUUGCUGUCGCAGGUUGUCACGCAGUUCACGGUGAUGCUCAGUCAGACGGUGUUCGUGCUCAUUGUCAGCUUCUACUUCUUUGAGCUGACGCUGGUGGGCGACAUCUGGCUGGUGGUGGCACUGUGCAUACUCAACGGACUCUGCGGCAUGAGCUUUGGCUUUGUCAUCGCCUGCGCCGUGGACACGGAGCGCACGGCCACCUACGUGGCGAUGGGCUCGUUCCUGCCCAUUGUGAUGCUGUGCGGMAUUAUUUGGCCCAUCGAGGGCAUGUAUCCGCUGCUUCAGUUUGUGACCGCCUUCCUGCCGCUGACAAAGCCCACGGAGUCGAUGCGCUCGAUACUGCAGCGCGGCUGGGGCAUGGACAAUCCCGCUGUCUACAAUGGCUUCAUUUCCAUYUCGUCGUGGGUGCUCGUCUUCCUGGUGCUCACCAUUUUGCUGCUCAAGUUCAAGAAGGGCUAGAGUCGGCAGCGCCCCGUGCGAUUGCCCAUGAUUUUACUAGGUCGUAAGGGUAGCUCUUAGUC